GCGGACCCCGGUGGGUAGCAACAGUUGCCCCGGUGAAGACAGGCGCCAUAGUCACGGUAGUCCUGGCGACGACCACUAAGCAACGACAAUCAACAACUGUCCAAAUCUCUAAGGAACAACUUUUCGGACAAUCCAAGUACAACACUGGGUUCAGUGUCUCCGAUCGCCAGUUGCCAUGGCAACUUCCGGAUACUCUGAGGACCUUCAGUCUCAGCAGGGCAACACAGUAACCAUGGCGAUGCCUGCCGCCGCCGCGCCCUCGGCUUCGAAGCCCGCACACUUCCUGUCUGAGAUUUCGCCAACUUCUGUCGCUAUUACGACAUCUAACCAAUCAGCAGCCGCGUCCAAAUCAAGACAGGAAGCCCUUUGUGCCCAGGUCACCGCCACCAUGUCCCAGAAGGCCGUGCUGCUCCCCGGCGCCACGCAGCAGUACAGCGCCACCGAGGUCCAGAAGAGCAACGGGCAGAGCUCCCCUCAGUACAUUAUCGUGACCGUCACAGAGGGCUCCGUCCAAUCCAAUGACAGCGUGUCAGAGUCCAGCCCCCCCGCUGGGGUCCCCACCCAGGUGGUCCAACAGGUGCAGACGACGUCGCAGCAGAGGUCAGUGCUGCAGGCGGUCGCUCAGAACUCUAAGAGGAGUGCAGCUCACCUGAACAGCAUACAGACGGUUCACCUUAACCAAGAGGUGGACCCUGUGUACUCAGGCCAGGUCCACUAUGUGGACGGGGACUCCAGCUACACCUCCACCCCCACUGUACGGUCAGGGGGCUACCCUUACUCGCCCCUGUACUCCCAGACUCCGCCCACCGCCUCGUCCUACUACGACGCCCCGCCCUCCUCUGAGUCGGACGUCUCUGAGUCCGUGGGCGCGCAACCCGUUACCAUGGGGACGGGAGGCGGAGGCUACCUCCUCCAGGGGAACUACGUCCUGGCCGGGGGGGGGGGCGGGCUGGGCGGAGCGCAGGGAUACGGAAACACCAACUCACGGGCGCCGCCCGCCACGGUGCAGUGGCUGUGUGAGAACUACGAGGGGGCGGAGGGGGUGAGCCUUCCGCGCUGCACCCUGUACUGCCACUACCUGCUGCACUGCCAGGAGCACAAGCUGGAGCCCGUCAACGCCGCCUCCUUCGGGAAGCUGAUCCGCUCUGUGUUCAUGGGCCUGAGGACACGCAGGCUGGGCACCAGGGGUAACUCUAAGUACCACUACUACGGCCUGCGUAUCAAGUCCGGCUCCCCGCUGCUGAGGCUGAUGGACGAGCAGCAGCACCUGGCCAUGAGGCAGCAGCCGUUCAGCCAGAAGCACAGGACCAAGCCGGUGCAGAAGGCGGAGGGCUUCACCAAUGGGCUGUCGGGGGGGGCGGGUCUUCAGACGGCCGGCCUUGGGGACAUCUCAUCCCAGGUGCAGCAGUACCAACAGUUCCUGGAUUCCUCCCGCCAGCUGCCCAGCCUCGGGGAGGUGGACCUUGGGGGCUACGGGCUGCCUGAGGGGGUCCAGCUGGAGCACAUCAAGGCCUUCCAGAGCCUGUACCGGGAGCACUGUGAGGCCAUCCUGGACGUCAUGAUCAACCUGCAGUUCAUCCUGGUGGAGACGCUGUGGAAAUCCUUCUGGAGGUUCAGCCUGAGCAACGAGCCGCAGUCCCUGAGCCUGCACAACGAGUCCGAGAAGCGUCUCCCCAAAGCCUGCCUGGUGGUGCUGUGUAAGUUUGAGCCGGUGCUGAACUGGACCAAAGACUGUGACAACGUGCUGUACCAGACGCUGGUGGAGGUCCUGAUCCCAGAGGUGCUGAGGCCCAUCCCCAGUGCCCUGACCCAGGCCAUCAGGAACUUUGCCAAGGGUCUGGAGAGCUGGCUGACCAACGCCAUGAUGAACGUCCCCGAGGACAUGGUCCGCAUCAAGGUGGCGUGUGUGUGUGCCUUCUCCCAGACACUGCGUCGCUACACCAGCCUGAACCACCUGGCGCAGGCCGCGCGCGCUGUGCUGCAGAACUCCGCCCAGAUCACCCAGAUGCUCUCGGACCUCAACCGCGUGGACUUCACCAACGUCCAGGAGCAGGCCUCCUGGGUGUGCCGCUGUGAGGAGGACCUGGUCCAGAGGCUGGAGCAGGACUUCAAGAGCACCCUGCAGCAGCAGAGCUCCCUGGAGCAGUGGGCCGCCUGGCUGGAUGGCGUGGUGACCCGCGUGCUGAAGCCCUUCCACCUCAACCCCGCUGCCCUGCCCAAGGCCGCCAAGCUCUUCCUGCUCAACUGGUCCUUCUACAGCUCCAUGGUGAUCAGAGACCUGACCCUGCGCUCCGCUGCGUCCUUCGGGUCCUUCCACCUGAUCCGUCUGCUGUAUGAUGAGUACAUGUACUACCUGGUGGAGCACCGCGUGGCCGGGGCCCGCGGACAGACGCCCAUCGCCAUCAUGGGAGAGUUUGCCAGCAGUGCUAAGGGCCGCAGCUCCCUGGACAUAGAGAAAGAAGAGGAAGAGGAGGAUGAGGAUGAGGAGAGUGAGGAGGACGGUGGCGGCGAGCUCCUGCUGCACUCAGGCUCCGCCCCCCUGCCCCCCGGGAAGGAGGAGGUCAUGGAGCCCCCGCCCAAGAUGUCCAGGGGGGGCCUGUUCCCCUCAGACUGAGACCACACACACACGUUGUGCAUCGCUUGCUAUAGUCCACAUACCCCCCCCCGCUGCAGGGCCUUCUCAGGGUGUACUGAGUGUUUCUUCGCUGAAUGUGUCUGGUGUUUUCUGAAGAUGGGAGGUUCUGAUUGAAUGGUCCUGCGUUACCAUGGUCCCCCUGCCUCUGCCCUGUGUUGCCAUGGUCCCCUGCCUCUGCCUGUAUCGUGUGUUGCCAUGGUCCCCUCCCUGUAUCGUGUGUUGCCAUGGUCCCCUGCCUGUAUCGUGUGUUGCCAUGGUCCCCUGCCUAUAUCGUGUUGCCAUGGUCCCCUGCCUCUGCCCUGUGUUGCCAUGGUACCCUGCCUCUGCCUGUAUCGUGUUGCCAUGGUCCCCUGCCUCUGCGUGUAUCGUGUGUGUCGCUCCCUGUGCCUUCCUGUGACUCCGGGUCCGAUAGCUUUAUCCGAGACCCGCUCGUCGUCAUGGAGACGAUGAGCCAAUAGGACAGAACGUACCUUGAAUGAUUCAUUGCCUCUGAGCAGUGCCUACCGCCCUGAGACUGGACAGCGGUCGUUGCUUGUUUUACUGACUUCUCAGCGUCGCCAUAACAAUAUUAACACCUCAAGUGCAAAUCAAUUAUUUUAUGGAUUCUUUUAUUUUGUAAUAAUUUGGCCAAAUAACAAAUGGCCUUUUAAAUGUGCCUUUUUAAAGAGAUUUUUAAUGUGGAGAUAUUGUAUCACGAGAAAUAAAUGAUCCUUUGCUUUAAUGGAUUCUGCCGUUGUAGUCGCUAACGACUCCUAAGGGUCAUCCUCACUCAACACGGAUUGGGUCGCGGGGCCAGUGCAACCAAGGAACGCAACCGGUUUCCAUGGCAACCCCAGUGCCUACUUUGAUGUCACAUCUCAACAGGGAGCCUCUUUAGGGAUCUUUCUGUGUAUUUAAAUACUUAUAUACCGACACUGAAGGUGUAGAUUAUGUCAAUUUUCAGAGAACUAUGUGAAGUCCUUUAGGAAACGCUAUUGCUGUCAAGUCUUUUUAGUUUUUCUAAAGGUUUGCUAUAUUUUGUACAAAUGCAGAACGAUAAGAGACCCAUGGGAGUCUACAGACUGCUUAUCAUUCAUAUUCCUAAUUACAUGUUCAUUCAAAUCCUUUGACCUUUUGUAAAACAAACAAAAACAAAGUGAUACAUCACCCCUAAAUUUGUAACUGUUGAGAUAAAACAAUCAUUUGAUAAGGCAAGUAAAUACUGACCUGUUUUGCAUGUUUUUGUUACCUGAAGUACUAUUCCCAUGAUGUACUCAAUAAAUUACAAGGUGAAACUGGA